GAAAAAUAGAAAAAGAAUUCAAUUUCCCUCAUCAAUAAGGAGUAUAUAUAUAUAUGUGCACUAUGGCAUGAACCUUCAAACUUAGUAUAAUUUCCAUUAUAGCUUAAAAGUCAAGUACCUAAAACAUCAAAAAAUAUAUAAAGAUGAAGCUCUCAAAUGCAGCUAUUCUUAUAAUUACCCUAAUCCUAUGCUCUACCUUGCUUGAUAUCACUAAUGCCGAUCUCUCACCUCAGCCAUCUGCUCAAUCUCCUACUUCCUUAGCAACUGCUCCAGGAUUUUGCAACAAUAAAUGUGGAGUAAGGUGCGCACUAAAGGGGAUAAACUCAAGGUGUAUGAAAUAUUGCUUGAUGUGUUGUGGGAAGUGCAGCUGUGUUCCUUCUGGGACUUCCGGUCAUUUGGAUGAAUGCCCUUGUUAUAGGGACUGGAAGGCCCCAAAUGGCAGGCCCAAAUGCCCUUAAUUUUAUGUCAUUUUCCUUUUAUUAAAUAAAUAAUUAUGCCAUCUGUUAUAGGCAGUAUUCUCUGUAUUGUCCUAUCUAUAUAUAUAUAUUCCAUCUUGUGUUCCAACA